AUUCCAGCACGCAUACGCCCCCUACCCUCCUCUCCUCCUCCUCCUCCUCCUCUUCUUCUCUUCUCCUCUCCUCUCCUCUCAUCCACCCGAGAGAGCUGCUCUCCCCCCUCCGCUCAUUCAUCCUCUCGGACAGGCUCCAUCCUUUGACGGGGAGCAGAAGCAGCAGGGCGGUGGCAAUCGCAAGCCCUCAAUGCUCGGCAUUUGGACGGAAAUCCGCGAGUCAAACCUGGAGAGACAGGACUGCAAGUGAUUGCUAUGUCAGAGAAAAGUUCAGCCGCAAAGAAUACAGCAGACGGAGGUUAUACGGAUCACGAUUCAAAGAUGUCGGAUGAGCACAGAGACACGGAUGACUCGUCGGAAAAAACGCCUAGUAGGAUGUCCAGAUCCCCGCAGAAAUCCUCCAAAAGACCAAAGACUGCACCUGUGAAAGUCACACUGCUUGAUGGAUCUGCCUAUGAGACUGGGGUGGAGAAGCUCUGUAAAGGACAGGUGUUACUGGAUAUGGUGUGUGAACAUCUCAACCUCCUGGAGAAGGACUACUUUGGCCUAACUUUCAGUGACACGGAGAGCCAAAAGAAUUGGCUGGAUCCUUCAAAAGAAAUCAAGAAACAAAUCCGCAUGGGUCCGUGGCAUUUCUCCUUUGCUGUCAAAUUCUACCCUCCAGAUCCAUCUCAGCUGAUUGAAGACAUCACACGGUAUUACCUGUGUCUGCAGCUGAGGGAGGACAUACUGUCAGGUCGUCUGCCCUGCUCGUUCGUCACUCAUGCUCUGCUGGGCUCGUAUGCUGUUCAGGCCGAGCUGGGAGACUAUGACCCAGAGGAACACGGGCCAGACUACAUCAGCGAGUUCCGCUUCGCCCCCAAUCAGACCCGUGAGCUGGAGGAGAGGGUGAUGGAGCUGCACCGCACCUACAGGGGCAUGAGUCCUGCAGAGGCUGAAAUCAACUUCCUGGAGAAUGCUAAGAAACUCUCCAUGUAUGGCGUUGAUCUUCAUCAUGCUAAGGACUCUGAAGGCAUUGACAUCAUGUUGGGGGUGUGUGCCAGUGGCCUCUUGAUCUAUAGAGACCGGCUGCGUAUCAACCGAUUCGCCUGGCCCAAGAUCCUUAAAAUAUCCUACAAGAGAAGCAACUUCUACAUCAAAAUCCGACCUGGAGAGGUAGAGAAAAAGUAUGAGCAGUUUGAGAGCACCAUUGGCUUCAAGCUGCCCAACCACCGUGCCUCUAAGCGCUUGUGGAAAGUCUGCAUUGAACAUCACACAUUUUUCAGGUUGGUCUCUCCUGAGCCUCCUCCCAAAGGCUUUCUUGUGAUUGGCUCAAAAUUCCGCUACAGUGGGCGGACCCAAGCCCAGUCUCGCCAGGCCAGUGCUUUGAUUGACAGGCCAGCUCCUCAAUUUGAACGAUCAAUUAGUAGGAGGUACCUGCUGUCCCGCAGCAUAGAUGGAGAGUCUGCAUUAGGGGACACUUUGGACCGACUCUCCCAGCACACCUCCAGUGAGCCUGUGCAUAGCCUUCCCAGAGAUGAGCUGGACCAGGACUACCUUGAGCCCAGUCUGGAUCAGGACCUGGACCAAGAUCAAGAACAACCUGAAGACCAGCGACUUGAAAGUGACUCCACUCCAUCUAAGACUAUGGAGCUCAAGAGGGAGGAGGCAGGCUCUCCUGUAGACUCUAAGACAGAGUUGGACCAGGACUUGCCCCUACGUCCUAAACAGGAGCAGUUCCUGGAUAAACCAGAGGAUGUGUUGCAGAAACAUCAAGCCAGCAUCAAUGAACUGAAAAGAGCGCUGAGAGAGCCCAACAGCAAACUGGUCCACAGAGAGAAACGUCUCUCUGGAGCCUCAUUUGGUAGCACUCCGGAGAAAAAAUCUGCCUCAGAGGAUUCCGUAUUGAUUGAGAAGCAAGAAGGUUGUCAAAGAAACCUGCCCCUCACUAAAAACGAUGAAAAGAGCAGGAGUCCUAGGGUAGCUUCAUUAGCCACUGGAUUCGACAAAGAGACAGAAGGCGAAACGAGAGAGAAAACCAUCGCCACACACAGUGACAUAAGAAUAAAACAAAGUGUAGCAAAAAGGAACUCAACAGAAACCAUCCUAUCACCAGAGAAGCCCCUGAGAAAUCGCGCUAAAAGCCCUGGUUUAAGGUACAACCAUUUCCAGGGUGCCAGUUCUUUGGAGGAGAAACCAUUUGAUAAUGGGCACCCUCGGGACAGAUCCUUGUCAGAGAAUGUCAUUCAUACAAAUGGAUGCAAUGAAUAUGAAACAGAGAGAAUUUGGUGCAAUAAAAAGUACAUGGGAGUAACCAAUAGAGAAGACAACACCACAAAUCAAGACUUGCCAAGGUAUGUAGUGAGAAGCUUCAGAGAGGCUUCUCCCAAUGCAGCCAUAGAUAAAUAUAUGAGAGAUCAAUAUAAUGAAAACCGGUGUGGUAUAUAUAUGAGAGAUCAAUAUAAUGAAAACCGGUGGGAGAGACAAUCCUGUGAAACAGAAGCAAAAUACACCAGAGCUACCUUACAGAAGCAAACAUCUAAUCCGGAUUCCAAGAGUAAAAGCUCAAUAAUCCAGAGACAUGAUUCUACUGCAAGCGACUCAUCACAGUCUGAGGUGAAACGAAUUGUUCCACUGAAGCCUGAGAGGUCAAAGAAGUUGAAAGGCAGUAAAGGAGCCAAGCUGCAAGGACAACCAAAUGAAAAAAGCAUUUCAGGAUCAUUUGAUCAAAGUGAAGAUACCAAGUCUAAGGUAGAGCAAGUUGGGUUUGAGAAUGCCCUGGACAGCUUGUCACAGCUCAAAAACUCUGCAGUUGUAGAAGGCACUGGAACUUUUGCCAAGCACGACUGGGCAAGUAAUUGUCACAAUAGGGAAGUCCGAGAAUAUAGCCGUCAGUCUCUUCAAGACAGGCCCCAAUUAAGGGAUCUCAAGAACAAUGCAGACCACAGACUUAGUAUAGAACAAGAUCAGUUUCUUUUUGAAGAUCCACUGUUUAUGUUUGACUUUCCAACCAAUUCAGCAUUUCCAGCUUUUGACCAGAUUCCCCCUUUAUACCCACCUGUAAAAUCCCAGUGGGCAAGAGAUACACGUACCAAACCGAUCACCAAAAGUGAUUCUGGCAACAGUCUUCACAAGAGCUCCACAAUGGAAUCUUCCAAGAGGAAACCAGUGAGAGAUCUCUGGGAGAGGCACUUGGGAUCGUUGUCGGAAGAUGAUCCUGAUCCUGACACUCUGUACCUGAAGGAGACCCACCUGGGCAUUGAGCGCAAAUGCUCGAGUAUCACUGUUAGCUCAACGUCCAGUCUGGAGGCUGAGGUGGACUUCACUGUGCUCAUGGACUUCCAAACGGGUAUCGAGGAAUUUUCUAGAGGCAUGACUGAGCUGGGGGAGAAAGACUUCUCACCUGAGUUUGGCCUCUCUGACCGUACCACCCAUCCAGCCUUUAUACUGGGAGCAGAUCCUAUCUACUUUCCAGAGGAGAGACCCGAAGAAGUACAGAGGCCCAUAGAGAAACCAAAGCCUGUUGUAGAACACAAGGCACAGGAGGAACGUAAACCGGAGCCUUUUGUACCUAAGAAAGCUCCGCGGUCGGUGAAAGCUGCCCAAGCCCUGAGGAAAGACUCUACAGACCAAGCUAAUACCCAGUUGAUGAGACGGGAGAGCUUGGAGUCACCCCCAUUCCAUCCUCUCAGCAGAGAGAGCAGUGAAAUCAUUGCCUCCCAAGCUCUUAGGAAGACCGAGGUCAAGAUCGAGACGCAGCCCAAUGGCUCUGAGGUCACCACAACCAUAAUGGAGAUUGCAGACCCGGACCAUGGUAUCAGCAGUUUGCGAGAGGCCACAUACUCUAUGACGGAGAGAAUCUCUCCUGUGAACCUGGGAUCAUUAGCUAGAGAUGGCUCUCCUCUAAUGGUAACCGAGAACGUAACGUCAGCCACUACAACUCAUGUUACUAAGACGGUGAAGGGAGGCUACUCGGAGACAAGAAUUGAAAAGAGGAUCAUCAUUACUGGUGAUGAUGAUGUUGAUCAAGAUCAGGCGCUUGCCAUGGCAAUAAAAGAAGCCAAGCAACAGCACCCUGACAUGUUGGUUACCAAGGCGGUGGUUGUCAGGGAAACAGAAUCUUCCACUCAAGAUCCACAUGAGGAAUCGAAGUCCUGAUCUCCUCAGGUCUCAGGAUUUCAACAGGACGCAAGUGUUCCUCAACGACUGCCAGUGGGUCGCCAACAUCUACAGACCUCUUAUUCUAAGCUUCUAGCUUCCACUUACAUACACCACACUAACACUUACACAUGCACACAAACACAUGCUGCCUCCCAGAUGUCGGAACCUAUUCCUUCUCAUGUAAUUUCUAUUUUGUGUCUACAUUCGCUGUGGUAACAUGGACAUACUGGUUGAGGAGGCACACGGUCUCCUUGGCGGAGGACUGCUAAGGAAGGACAGACUCAUCACAUCAAUCAGACGAUUUAGCCGCCAUUGUAGUCUCUUGCUUUUUCUUCACGAAUGUGAAAACUAACCAAGCGUACUAUCGACAGCCCGAUGCUAACAUCAAGCAUGAGGCAUGGGGCUUUUGGAUGAACAUUGCUGAAGAUUUAGCGUAGUGGAGUGACAGUAGUAUCUAUUGAGUAGUUUUUCUAGGGUUCAUUGAGAUAUAACACAGAUCUUUUUGCAAAUACUGAACUGUAGGGAAAAGCCUAGCUAGCGUACAUACAGUAUGUCGUGCUUCUCUGAUCAACAAAUGUUAUGUUGCUGAAUGUUAAAUUCUGAAUCUCAUCUGCAUGUGGCAAAGCAGGGUUUAAAAUGUUUUCAUAUACAACAACUGGUUCAGUGUCGUUACAAACCAGAGAGGAAAAUGAGAGACUGUAUUACUGUAUGAUUGUCAAACCUUUUGACAGUCCUCUGAAAAGUAUUAAUUUCCAUAUUAUACAUAAUAUGGAGAUAGUGGGCUUUUUCCCCCUGAUUUUAUUAUUAUUAUUAUUAUUUUAAUUAUUCUAGAAAGUUGUGUUUGUUUUAUUUAAGGAGCCCUUACAUAUGCUCAUUAGAUUUCACUAAAAGAGGCAAAUCAAAAGCGCAAAUUUACAGUACAAACUUUUCAGGGAACCAAUUGUAAUCAAACUUUAAAUUUUAGAUUCGAAAUAUCCCCAAGUAUGACAUAAAAAAUGCACGACACAAAAAGUCAAACGUUCGCUUGUUGAAUGCUCUAUUUCAUGUCCUAAACAUAUUGUUAAACUGUGAAAACGUCCAAAGAAACCAAACCUAAUUUGAGUUCAGUACAUACUGACACACUUGCAUAAUCAAGCAAUGUGUUAUGUGCAUGUAUAUUUAAAAUUUAAGCAUUUGAAGAAAAUUCUAUUCAGAAACUAGAAUUAUUUUCCAAGCCAAUAUUUAACAAAAUCCUGCUCUAUAUGUUUGAAACUUUUGUGAUUUAAAAAAAAAAAAAAACUGUUACUUCCCACACAAUGCUGUGCCAAUGAACUAAUGAUUUUGAAACGCUGUUGAAAUGGUUCUGAUUUGUUAGAUAUGAGACGUUUUUAUGUGUAAAUGUCAUGAGCCUGUGGUUUUCAGUGAAGCGUGACCCUUGAGCCAUGAUUCUCUUUACAAACGUUCCUCUGUGAAAGCAGUAGAAAUCCUGGAUGACACAGGACAUAUAUGUGUUCUAGUAUUGAACGGACGAAUGAGCUUCGAAUUGUGUGUAUUGCCAAAUUUAAAAGUUUACAGGAUGAAAGAAGAUCAGGACAGCUCUUAACAACCUUUGCUAACACGGUGAAGGCUUGUUGUUGUGUAACUAAUGCAUUUGUUCAGGACUGUGCACUAUGUGAAAAUAAUAACACUUUACACAACCUGCAGAUAUCAGAAGGGGAAUCUGUAUACGUCAUACUUCCAACAUGAUCAGUCACUGAUUUUUGAGGAUAUGUGAGCUCUUUUUGAAUAUAAAGAAGUGCCAUGCAAAGGUUGAUAGUUGGAUUCCUAAUCAACCGCAGCAUUCUUACGCCAGCCCAUUUGCUAAGCCAAUGACAAAGUUUUGUCUCUUUACAAGGCAAUGCUCUUGUUUAAACGCUGUAUGUUGCACUUAAGAUUUGGAGGAAAACAAGAUAAGCUUAGAAAAGUACUCUUAGCAUCAAUUCCCCUGAGAUUCCACCUGCAGACACUUAUGUUUACAAUGCUAUCCUCUACUUUCUACUGCUUGGUUUUGUGUGUUUGCUGUACAGUGUUCGAAAUAAAUCAGAUCCAUCCA